GCGCAAGUCGGCCGCCCGGUGGCCAACGACAUUUCUGGCUGAUCCCGUGUUCCGGCUCGAGCGAUGGCAAAGGUGUACGACAGACCGAGAGUGGUCAGACAUGUAGGGCCUCAGAAGAACAAGGCAGGAUUGGGCAAGGCGAUCAUCAACAAUAGGGCAAAGCAGAGAGCUCGAGAUUAUGAAGAAGCGCUCCAUACCAGUAGUCUCCCGAGUGGCUUGCACAGUGUCACACAAGAAACAGAUCUCGAUGCUUUCCUCAACACGGCGCAAUUGGCGGGAACAGAUUUUGCAGCAGAACGCAGGAAUAUCACUGUCAUCUCUACACCUUCUGCAAGCUCAAAGAAUCCGUACCUGCUCACGCCAGAGCAAGAAGAGCGCGUCAACUCGUUGCAAAAGGAAAAUCGGCAACGACUGCGAGUACCGAGACGGCCAGGCUGGACAAAAGAUAUGAGCAAAGACGUCCUCGAGCGUCGAGAGAGGGACAGCUUCCUGGAAUGGCGGCGUGGACUGGCAGAACUGUCAGAUGAGAAACAGCUCCUGCUGACUCCUUUUGAGCGCAACCUGUCUGUCUGGCGACAACUAUGGCGCACACUCGAGCGAUCGCAUCUCAUCGUUCAGAUCGUCGAUGCGCGCAAUCCCCUCAACUUUCGCUGCGAGGAUCUCGAGACAUAUGUCAAAGAGGUCAGCACGAACGAGGACGGUAGCGAUCGCGGUAAACGCAAAUCGCUCAUACUCGUCAACAAGAGCGAUCUGCUGACCCACACCCAGAGGAAAGGUUGGGCUGACUACUUUGAUCGGCUAGGCAUAGCCUAUGCAUUCUUUUCGGCUGCAGAUGCUGCUGCGCUGCAAGAAGAGCGUGCAGCGAUGCUCGCACCUCUCGAAGAGGAAACGCUGUCAGACGAAGAGGACGAAGAUGCGGCUUAUCUGGAUAGUGACGAAGGAUCUGAGCUCCUGGACGAUGACACAGCAUUACCUAAGCCCACUGCAGCUGCGCACACUGACGACGCUGAAGAUGGCUGGACGUCAGAAGACGAGCAAGACGAGGACGGGCAAGUCGAAGCUCUUGCAGACACCGUUGCAAGGAUCGCGAGGUUGCAAGAAGCUCCAGCGCGAGAUAAGACCCGUGUGCUGAGUGUGCUCGAGCUCGAGGAGCUCUUCCUGCAAGAGGCGCCUGAUCUCAAUGAGUUUCGACGAGAAGAUGGCUCGACACCGACGAAGCUCAUCGUCGGCUUGGUGGGCUACCCCAAUGUCGGCAAGUCUUCGACCAUCAACGCGCUCAUCGGCGAGAAGAAGGUCUCCGUCUCUUCGACACCUGGCAAAACGAAAAACUAUCAGACUAUCCAUCUCUCAGACGAUAUCAUUCUAUGUGAUUGUCCAGGUCUCGUCUUUCCUCAAUUCGCAUCGACCAAAGCACAGCUCGUUUGUGACGGCGUGCUACCCAUUGAUCAGAUGCGCGAGCAUACCGGUCCCGUCAGUCUUGUCACCCAGCGGAUACCACACGAUGUCCUUCAGGCGACAUAUGGCUUGCGAAUCGUCACGCUGCCCAUCGAUGAAGGCGGAACAGGCGUACCGACUUCCUCUGAGCUUCUAGCAGCCUACUCCGUUGCUCGCGGGUUUUUUACGGCCGGCAUGGGCAAUCCCGACGAGUCUCGCUCCGCACGCUACGUGCUCAAAGAUUACGUCAACGGCAAGCUGAUCUACUGUCAUCCUCCGCCGGGCAUAGAUGAUGCUACCUUCAAUUACGAGAAUAGAGAUCUCGAACGACUGCGCUCGCUCGAUAAGCUCAGAAAGAAGCAAGCGCCAAUCACUCGCGUCGGUAGAGAAGCUGACACUUUCAUUCCGGUACCCGACGAGCCAGACUCUGACGAUGAAGAAGGAGGAGACAACCUUGAUGCUGGCUUCUUCACUACAUCAUCGAGGAUGUACAUGCCCGAAUUCAUGGGCGGUGCGGCAGCCAAUGGCGGCCGGUCGACUGCUCGAGUAGGCAUGUACGCCAUCCAAAACAGGUUGAACGAUGACGGCACGCCUGUCGAUCCCAACAAGAUGACUUUCCAGGCCGGACCUGGUCAAAGUGGCAAGAAGCAUUUCAAAGGCAAUAGAAGGCAGAAACUUCGUAGCGGAGGCGGAUACGAUUGA